GGGACAGUGAGAUGCCAGCAGAAUUUCCAGAUAUUUUAGAUGCAUCUUUUGAUUACUAGUUCUCCAAGAACGAUCAACGUGCAGUUAUGCUUGUUUUGGCCUCUCUUCUGUUUUAGAAGACUUGUUAAUGGAAAGAUGAGUUUUUCGGUCGAUCUGUCAAAGCUUUGCAGGUGAUUUCUACUUCUCAGUCUGCUGACGGAGUUGAAUUUGAGGCUGUACCGAGAGGGAUGUUCUUUUUCUUUGCACAAUCUCUUAGGCAGCCUGAAGACACUCGUUGCAAAGAACUCCCUAACCCCCAUCGCAGCUCUGUUUUUCCACUUUUCCUCUUCUACUCUGUCGCCAUGACAAAGCAAGAUGAUCUUGAACAAAAUGCAAACACUUCUUUUUUUCCUCCUUGUGUUUGUAUAAGUUUCCACUUCAAAGGCACGCAAAGUGCCGCUUUGUGGGAAUUGACAUAUUUAAUGGGAAGAAGCUUGAGGAUAUCGUUCCGGGUGUUCCUCAUGUUUCUCGCACUGAUUAUCAGUCGAUUGAUAUCUCUGAAGACGGUUUUGUGAGUCUUUUAAUGGAUAAUGGAGACACCAAGGAUGAUCUGAGGCUACCCACUGAUGACAAUCUGCUCGGCCAGAUAAAAGAUGGGUUUGGUGAAGGAAAGGACCUCGUGCUGAGCAUUAUGUCUGCAAUGGGGGAGGAGCAGAUCUGUGCCCUAAAGGACAUUGGCCCAAAAAACUAAAUAUGAUGCUGUAGCAGUAGCUAUGGCUGAUGUCAAAAGAAGCCCUUGCUUUUAGAUCUGAGAGGGAAGUUAUCUACUGGUGUUACAAUAAGUUUCUAUUAGAUGCAAUCUAGUACUGUAAAAAAAAGAAAAUUCAGCACUCAUCUGUGUGCUUAGAAUUCUAUCAGGCUUGUGAAUGGGGGCCAGGAAAUAGAAAGGUGGGGCUGCAUAUCCCUCAGUGAAGGGAACUUAAGUUUA